UGGGCGGGCAAGCCCCGGCCGAGCGCGGGGCAGGCGGAAGGGUUGGGCGGAGCGGGGCGGCUGAGACCGAGCGUCCCUGGGCGCUGCGAGCGGACCCCGCGUCCUGCGCCAUGGAGGCCGCGCUGCUGCGCUUCUGCAACUGGAGCACGCUGGCCGUGUGCGCCGCGCUCAAGCUGCCGCAGAUCUCCGCCGUGCUGGCGGCGCGCAGCGCGCGGGGCGUCAGCCUCCCGAGUUUGCUGCUGGAGCUGGCGGGGUUCCUGGUGUUCCUGCGGUACCAGUGUCACUACGGGUACCCGCUGCUGACCUACCUGGAGUACCCCAUCCUUAUCGCGCAAGACGUCAUCCUCCUGCUCUGCGUCUUUCACUUCAGUGGGAGCAUGAAACAGGCCACACCCUACAUUGCUGCAUUGGUGUGUUCCUGGUUCAUCCUCACCCUGCAGAAGUGGAUCCUAGACCUGGCCAUGGUGAGUACCACCCUUGAAAAGGACGUGCGUGAGAAGUAGCAAGCUGCCCUGGACAGAACUUUCGAGAUCAAAUGUGAAACCUGCUCAAUUUUCAGCUGCACUAAGGGAUAAUGGGAAUAAAAGUACAGUGCUAUCCAAAUAUUAAAUGAUAUUAUUCUCAUUUAAAUGUGGGCCAAAUUUAUUUGUAAACUUUCUCUUUGGGGGCCAUAGAGAACCAGAUUGGGGAGGUGGUUAACCGUAGUAUAAUGAAAAACUGAGCGUCAGUUGAGAGCUGCUUAUUAGGCUAAUAAUUACAUGCUGGUUUCAUACUCACUAUUUUUCUGACUUUACCCCCCAAAUAUUGCUUUUCUUCCCUCAGCAUGCAGGGUGCUGCAGGCUAGCUUGCGAAGAUCUUACUCUGCCAGGCAGCCCAGGGCCUGAGCCAGCCGUAGUGUGGACUUGUUAUUGAAGAGCCAGAAAUUCAGGCCUGAUGUUUGAGUUGAGGAGUUUGUCAGUUCCAAACAGCCUGGUUUUCCCCAGGCUCCAAAAUGCAGUGUCUGUAUUUUUUAUUGGGGGGUAUGGAUAGAUAAGCCUUUGUGGCCAGGCAGUGAUUCAUUCUUACUCCCAACUUCAAACUAGCUAUAGCCCAUGAGUGACCCACUGCACAGCGGAAUCUGUGAGUUAUUAAUACACGUCUCACUGUUGCGUUCUUUUUCACCAAACUUAGGUUCAACCUCGUAUUGUACAAAUUGAUUAUGAUUUGACCGGAAAAUUUGGCUUCAGGCAUGCUUGGAGUAUCUGGUGCUCUUGUACUUUUCUUAUUUUUUUACAAAUAGACUCUUGACCCUGUCACGUUUUAU